AUCUACGAGCCCCUUACUACUUUCUAACCUAUACUCAACUCUCAAAACCCUCAAAUUAAAACGAUAAUCAAAAUGCCGUCCAUCAUUGUCAGCCUUUCCAAGUCUUCCACCGCGGCGCAGGUUGAUGCUGCGGCUAAGAAAGCCGAGGAGAAGGGAUGGACAGUCACCAACAAGUACACGUCCACUAUCAAGGGCUUCUCAGCCACCAAGGACGUUGCCGAGGGUACAGUCGCCACACAAGACGUUGAAGCGUUGAAGACGGUCGAUGGUGUGGAGGAUAUUGAGUUCGACUCAACUGUUACGACGCAGUAGGUAAUGGCUGCAAUAUAGGAGACCUGCUUUACUCUCCAGAGCAGUCCACUGGUUACAUAGCAUUCACACAAGUUUCACUCUACUAGACCUUUCCAAUAUGAAACCUAGAGAA